CAUUUCAUGAACCAAAGUUCUGCAAUUUAAAGAGCAAAUGGAAAACAGUAAAAAAAAGCCACCCUGUUUUAAAAUUGUACUCACGAAACAGCGAGAAACACUACUACAAUAUUUUUUAAACUCUAAUAGUUUACAAAACAUACUUAAAAGUAUAAAAGUAUAGAACUUGUAUGAUAUUAGCUUAAACGAAUUAAUGAAUAAAUCAAGACUGAAAUUCAACUAUGGCUAUAGUCAUGCUAUUGUUCGUGACUAUUUUAUAGCUUUCUAUUCAACAUACUUCGAUUUAUUUGAUGGCUAUUAACAUCGACUAAUCAGCAAAUUCGAUUUAAUGUCAAUGUCUCAAUUUAUCUUAUGUUAAAACCAUAGUUUGUUACGUUUAACCAUUUUUCAAUAUUGAAAUAAAGUUUUCUUAAUUUUUAUGAGAAAUAAUUCAAACAUGAAAACAAUUUCCUUGAUAUUGAAAAUACAUAAACAUCUAAACAUUGAAAAAAUGACAAACAUAAGUGAGUGAGGGUGUAUUUCUUCUCUAUCCCCACACUAUUUUGUACAAGACUGAAAACAGUCUAGACAACUAUUAUAUACAUGGCACCUUUAACUAUACGGAGAAUAGCGACAAUUAGCUGCAGUAUCCACAAAUCUCAACUUCGAGGUAUAUAAUUUAAUUACACCCAACACCACGUGAGAAUGAGAGUGGCAUGUGAAAAAUGAAGAUUUAAAGCAUGAAAUGGAUUGGUAGAUGAACUCGCUGGUAAGCAUUAAUUGAAUGUUGACAUUCACAUUUGGAAUUUAUUGAAAUCUUACAAAAAGACAAAAAGUAUAAGCUUCAAAAGAAGGAAAAAUUACAUGAAUUAUGGGACAUUGUUAAAGUAAUUAUGACUUACUCUCGUGUAAGGCUCCAUGUUCAAUCAGAAGAGUUUACUAAACAUUCGUAUUUAUACUCAUAUCUAAUGUUCCUUGUCCCUGAAUAGAUUGUUAAUUAUUUUCUGAAUUUUUCUAAGUUAUUUAUCUAUAAUAUCUUGAUAUAGGAUGAUCAAAUUACCGUACUCAUCGGUGAGAAAUUUUCAUUAAGAGAUCAUAUUUAUCAUUGCUAAGUAUGUAAUCAUAAUAUUAAUGCCGGAUUAAAAUGACGUUUUAUUAGAAAAAAGUAAUUUUCUGUCAGAUAUUUCUUUCUUUUUUUUUUGAAGUUUAUCAAUAUCUAAUUCGUUAAUCUUUUGAAAGAAUAAAUCAAAUCUUCAAUGUCAACAAAAAAACUUAUUAUGAAAUAGUUUGAUAGAUUUCAUCAAAAAUAGAAAAAUUUUAUUAAACAAUUAUUUAGCUGAAUCAUCGAUUAAAAUAGAAAUGAUUCAUAAAAAAAAAAAGCUCUUUUCAAUAAUGUCAUAUGACAGUAUCAGAAUCAAUAAACAGUCAAGUAUUGCUCUUCAUUCUACUCCAUUGAAUAUCAAUUAUACGACUUCGUCUAAAUCUAAGAUGAUCUUAUCGAAACAAUCAACUAAUUCAAGUUGUUUAAGUGAGCGACGAUUUAAUUGAAUGAAAAAAGAAAAUGUCUAGUUUUAUAAACACUUAGAUGAAUCAUUGAAUACAACUUUAAUUUAUGGUUCAAUAGAGCAUUUUCUCUCUUUACGAUAUGAUUUAUCGAAUAAAAAAAUUCUUUCAAAACAAGUCAAGUAAAAUUGUUUUGUAAAUUUUUUUUUUGUUUACCUUGAAUACGAUAUAGACGUUUUUAUGAACGUCAAAAUGCUAUUAUUGAUAAAUAUGCUAAUGUUCUUAAUCAUAAAGAACAAAUCAGUGAUAAAAAAAAAAUUAAACUUAAAAAACAUGUUCAAAUUCUUACAAUUAUUUCACUUAUUAUUAAUAUUUGUUUAUUUUUUAUUAAAAUUAUAGCUUCAAUUCUCUCGAAUUCAUUAUCAAUUAUUUCAAGUGUUAUUGAUUCAGCCGUUGAUCUUGUUUCAAGUAUAAUUCUAUUUUGGACAGCACGUGCUAUACGAUAUCGAAAUCAAUAUAGAUAUCCAGCUGGACGAACACGACUUGAACCAGUUGCUAUCAUUAUACUCUCUGUUAUUAUGUGUUCAGCAUCAAUACAAGUACUUUCCGAAGCUAUUAAACGAUUAUUUACUUACAUUCAAUAUAUUACAAAUCAUACAAAUGAAAUCCCUGAUGUGAAUAUGAAUAUUAAAAAACCUAUUCCAAUUAUUGCUAUGUGUAUAACGAUUGUGCUCAAAAUUAUUCUAUACUUUUGUUGUCGUCAUGUUCAAGUCGAAACAAUUAAAGCCUUAGCAUAUGAUCAUCGUAAUGAUGUUUUAUCUAAUUGUGUAGCACUUCUUUCUGGUCUUUUUGCUGGUCAAGCAGUUUCAAAACAAAUCAAUCUACGAUUUAUUGUAAUAGAUCCAAUUGGAGCAAUACUAAUUUCAAUUUAUAUUAUUAUUUCUUGGGUUCUUCAAGCUACUGUACAUAUUCGUCAUUUAACUGGUAUAACUGCUGAUUCAGAUUUUCUUAAAUUAAUAACUUGGAUAGCUAUUAAUUUUUCACCACAUCUUACAAAAAUUGAUAUGGUAAAAGCAUUCCAUUUUGGUACUGAUCUUUUUGUUGAAGUUGAUAUUGGUUUACCAGGUAAUAUGCAAAUUCAACAAGCACAUGAUAUUGGUACAAAUUUACAAAUGAAACUUGAAUCAUUAUCUGAAAUUGAACGUGCUUUUGUUCAUAUUGAUUAUGAAUUUGAUCAUAAGGCUGAUGAACAUAAACAAAUUUAA